AUGUGGCCAAUUGAUAAAGAAUGUUCAAAAGUUCAAGAGUAUGUGCAAAACAGCGGUUUCUAUCCAUUAAUCAAGUAUGACAAUGAUAAGAUUGAUCGGGCUCUUAUUAAUGCAUUUUGUGAGCGUUGGUAUCCGGAGACCAACACUUAUCAUCUACCUUUUGGUGAAAUGACUCCAACACUUGAGGAUGUUGAGCGCAUCACCGGGUUACCUUCUAAAGGAGAAGAAGUUUAUAUAACAUAUGCAGGUAAGACCAUGACUUGGAAAUUUACAUAUGAUUUGAUUAAAAGAACUCUUGGAAAAACUGAGGCACAACUUAAGCAAGAAGGGGCAUUGUGUGGAACCCCGAAAAAAUUAGAAAAAAGGUUAAAGCUUAACUGGUUAAGGGAUAAUUUCAAGAUUAAAGAGAAGGAUUAUAAGAAAAGAAAGGAGCAAUGUGCUAGAGCAUACCUCCUUUAUGUAAUCGUCUCAAUCAUAUACGGUGAUAAAUCAGGUGGAAGUGUUUAUGCUUAUUUCUUACAAUGUUUAGAAGAUUUAGACAAAGUUAAUACUUACUCUUGGGCCACAUCUUGCUUGGCUUGCUUGUUCCAUCAAUUGGGGAAAGGUUCUAGAAGUGAGAUUUAUUCCAUGGCUGGUUGUAUGACUGUAUGGUUGAAUGAUCACUUCCUGACUCUUCAGAGGCAUACUAAAAAUAGUGGAUAUGAAGAAUGUCAACCUCGAGCGUCUUUGUACAUAGCAGAUCUAACAACUCAACAGGAAAUAAACCUUAAAAUUGAAUUGGUUGAGUUGCGUGAAGCACUUGAUGACCUUCAGGAAGAUAAAGUAACAUGGGAUCCAUAUAACUCAAUACAAGAUGGUUUGGUUUAUCAAGUUGGUCACUACAUUGGAGCGAUUCGAUGUUUCGGGAUUGUUGAGUGGCAUAAUCGAAAUACAGUAUUUAGGAAAUUUGGUUCCAUCCAAGAUAUUCCUAGGGGUGUUUUCUUUGAUAAGAAUAAAACUGAAAAAGCGGCGGUCUAA